AUGGCGUGCCGUACUUGGUACCCCGCUCGGGCCAGGAACGAACAAAGCGAGCUUACCGCAACUCCUGCUGUACUCUUCAACCAUCACCACACACCUUCACACGCUACAAUGUCACUGCUUGAUCUCCCAAAUGAACUAUUCCUCUCGAUAGCAACGUGUCUCGAAUCGCAGAGAGAUAUCAAUGCCUUGACCCAAACAGGUCGUCGCUUUUACGCGGUCGUGAAUCCCUAUCUCUAUCGUUAUAAUGCCAGGCGCUUCAAUGGCUCUGCCUUGCUCUGGGCCGCAGGCCAUGGGACCGUUCACAAGGCGCUGAAGGCAGGAGUUGAGGUGCAACCACCAGCAGUGCCAGCGCCGCCAGGGAUGACAAUCGACGGGCGAUUGGGGUUGAGGACGAUGCGGCCAGGGGAAGGUGUUGGUCAGAGUAUGAGUAUCCGUUCAGCCGCAGUGCCCUGUCACAACAUAACCGACCGUAUACGCGAGGAUGCGCUGAGAUCUGCAGCACAAAAUGGAUAUGAGACUAUUGUCAGGCUGUUGCUUGAUGAUGGAGUCGCUGCAGAGUUCCAAAAUGGCCUGACACAGCGGAGCCCUCUGUCGUAUGCCGCAGAACAGGGGAACGAGGCCAUUGCGAAGCUGCUGCUUCAGAAGGGUGCUAACCCAAACUCUGCAGAGACGACUGGGCAAACCCCAUUGUCGAUGGCCGCAAAGCAUGGUCAUCAGGCAGUUGUCGAGCUCUUUCUUCAGAAUGGUGUUGAUCCCAAGGACCAUCGUACUGGGAUAGCGCUCUUAGAGGCUAUUAAAAAUGGACGCGAGUCAAUUGUCAAGCUAUUACUUGCAAAAGGUGUGGAACUUGACAUUGAAGACCAAUUUCUUCGGACACCCCUAUGUGUGGCAGCAUGCCAUGGACAUGAGGGAAUGAUCAAGCUGCUACUUGCAGAAGGUGCUGACCCUGACGGGAAAGAAGGCUCUGAUAGAACACCACUAUUAUAUGCAGCACACCUGGGGCACGCGGGAGUAGCCGAGCUAUUACUCGCGAAGGGUGCUGAUCCUAACCAGCAAGACCGACAAUUUCAUCAAUCCCCGCUAUCACGGGCAGCAUCAGAGGGGCAUGAGGCAGUAGCCAGGCUAUUGCUUGCCAAGGGGGCUGAUGCUGAGAGCCGCGAUAGGUACAAUCGAACACCACUCUCAUGGGCAGCCAUACAUGGGCACAAGGAAGUAGUAAAGCUAUUGCUUGCUAGGGGGGCUGAUCCUGACAGCCGCGAUGCGCUCAAUCGGACACCACUGUCAUGGGCAGCAGCACAUAGGCCACGAGGCAGUAGUCAAGCUAUUGCUUGCAAAAGGCGCUGA